GUCACUUUUGUUUCGUCCGUGGUAUAGGUAUUCUGUGGUGGUAUCGUCAGUCUUUGCCGUUUUUCGCGUGUCUGUUGAUUGAUUGUUUACUGCUCGCGUCGACUCUAACAGCAUAAAAGUGAAUAAUAUACCAAUCCGUUGUAUUUGGGCUUUGGACGUUUCAACAGUGCCCUUGGCAUUUAAUUCGACAUGUAAUUGCAGAUAAAAACUGCAUACCUGAAUGGAUCGAUUCCAGGCAGCCGGAAAAGAUGACCCUCCCAAACGGCCAUCCCGUCUGACUUACCGAAAGGAAAGAAUUAAAGGCGGCACGAAGAAGAGUCAAAGUCUUCCUGUUAUAAAAACGCCUCUUGAGGAGCUCCGUCUAGUACACAACAACUCUGUUACAGCUUCGCUAACACACGGAAGCGCAAGCUCGUCGUCAGAUGACGAAGCCUUUGAGCUUGCACCCCGCUCUUUGGCAGAAAAGAACUGCUCUUCCGACACACAGACACCAUCGUCGACACCUAAGAUGGAAUUGGUUCGUCUUUCUAGUCUUGUCAAGUGCCCAUCGUCCACCAGCUUGAAUCGACCUCUUAGUUUUGCAACGGAACAACUGCUACGUCAGACCAGUUGCGUGAGCACAGGCAGCCUCAAGUCCCUCAGUUGUGGAACUAAUGGUAGUUAUGUGAACAAACCUCAUCAGCUGCCUGCCCUAGCAAAAACCGAGUCAUCGACAGUAUCAACACGCUGUGUUACUGAGGUGAAGAAGCUGCAUCAUUCUUGGACAGUUACAGGAAUGUCAGAAUUUCAGGACAGUGUUGACUUUCCCCCGGAUCAGCCAAGUGUUCUCCCCAAAAUUUCAACUAAGGAUGCUCGCCUGAGGAGCUACUUGGUUGGAAAUGUCAGUGGCAAGGGUUCACUGCUUGGUGAAGAAGAACUAAAUCGUUACUUUCCUGACAGAAAAGUCAAUGUAUUUGUGGCUACAUGGAACAUGAAUGGAUUGGCAUCCCCUGCCAGCCUAGAUGACUUGCUGCUCCCUAAAACAAUAGAGUAUGUACCAGACAUUUAUGCUAUUGGUGCACAAGAAGCCAUGAGUGACAGAAAGGAGUGGGAAACUAGACUUCAAUUCACGCUGGGUCCUUCGCAUGUUCUUUUCUCCUCUGUCUCUCUGGGUGUCUUGUACCUCUCCAUUUUCUUGCGUCGAGAUCUGAUAUGGUUUUGCUCAGCUGCUGAAGAAGCAACGUAUGCUACACGUACUGUUUCUUCUGUUAAGACAAAGGGAGCUGUCGCCAUCGCUUUCCAGUUUUUUGGGUCCUCAAUGUUGUUUAUCAACUCCCAUCUUGCAGCUCAUGAAAAAAGAGUCAAGGAACGCAUCCAGGAUUAUGAAAAAAUCUGUCAUCAGAUCGACUUACCAAAGCAAGCUCAACUUAAGUUGCAGUACCAAAGCAAAGAUGUGACUGCAAGAUUUGACCAUGUAUUUUGGUGUGGCGAUCUUAAUUUUCGACUUAUGAAUGAGCGCUCCACUGUUGUUGGCUUGCUGAAGGAUCACCAUGAGGAUAAGCAAUCUACAUAUGAAAGCCUCCUGAAAUUUGAUCAGCUGAGAAGUGUUAUGCUUGAUGGUCAGGCGUUCUUUGGCUUCCAAGAAGGAAAGAUAAAAUUUGGACCUACUUACAAAUUUGAAGUUGGCUCAAGCCAAUUUGAUGGUGUCAAGCUUAGGGUGCCAUCAUAUACGGAUCGAAUACUUUAUAGAAGCAAGAGAAAAGGACACAUAGAGUGUGUUCUUUACGACUCAAUUCCUGUAAUGCAAACCUCUGAUCACCGGCCAGUCUAUGGGCUUUAUGAGACUGUGAUUCGACCCGGAAGAGACAACACACGACUGUCAGCAGGCUUGUUCAACAGAGACAUCUAUUUGGAAGCAUCAAGCCGUCUUAGUCUGAAGCACAUCUUUUCCUACCUUUGGCUUUGGAAAUUAGUCCUCUUUCACACAAUUUUGCACACACAAGAUAAGCUCUGAAAUGUCUCCCUGAUCCUUACCACAAGCUGAAAUAAGUGCUUUAUAUGUUUAGAAAACAUUUCUCUUUUGCUCCAUAUUCAAGAACUCUGCUGUUCUGUGUUUUAGAAACAUUGCUAUAGAAAGUUUCUAUUUAGAUGAUGAAUUCUGUUAAUGUAUACACAUCAUCCAUGCAUUGUUGUUUUAAUCUGGAGUCCCCCUCUACAGCGUGCCUUAUAAUCGGGUCACGGUUCUGGCACGUAAAGCCCCAGAAUUACUUUUUUUGUGUGCAUUGUAUUGCAAGUUCAUGACAUACCUAUUUUUAGUGUGUGCUUUAGUAUUUCAUUUUCCCAGUUUCACAGCAUGCAAAAUUUUUUAUGGAUGAAUUGUGCCUUGACAAUACAAUCUUUAACUCUUUAA